UGUUGAAUUGAAAAGUUGAAUUGUUUAUUUGUUAGUUGUUUAGUUGGAUUGUUAGAGUACUAUAGAGGAAAAGUACCAGGAAGCCAGACAAGCCUAACCUCCUGUACUCACAAGCAGGUAAUCUAGCCGAGGUCACUAUCCAGCCAUGACCCGAGGCUCAUGGACACAUAGGACGAAAGGUCGCCUAGCAACGAGUCGCACAUGCUCCAGGCAGGCGCCAUUUCGUGGUUGGAGCAGCUCAUCAGUCCCAAUGGGAAAGCAAACCCUCUCCUCGUUAAACGGAGCUUCUCUGCAUGGUUUAAUUGCCAAAAGAAUUCAUUACGACUGUAGGACAUGUCCGAAAGUUCAUCAGGAGUGAACACCAGCAGUGGCAGUUUCCCUAAAUCACAUUGUUCUUAUUACUCUGAACUCAGUGGUACACACACUCCUCUCUCAGUGGAGCACACAACAGACUCCGGCAUCGUCGCCACUCCACUGCCAUCCAGUCGAUUUAAAUUUACCUCAUGGCAUCAGAUCGAAGAAACUGAUGUCCGUGGAGACCAGCUGGCCUGUCCAAGAGUCAGAGAGGGACCUGUAGAAGAUGAGCAUGCUCUUACGAGUGGGCAGAUCUUUAACAGGAGAAGGAGGAGGAGAGAAACUGAUGAGCAGACAUGGGAGGAGAGGCUGCAGGAAAACUGGGAGAACUGUUUGGAACUGAAUCUGUCUUACCAGGAUCUCGGAGAUGCGUUUCAGUUGGAAAAUUUCAGGCGAAUCCUGAGAAGGCUGAUUCGAGUGGAGCGCCUGCAGCUAGUAGACAAUGCACUCUGUGACCUCAGUUCCAUCCGACUGCCAAGAUGUAAAAGCCUGAACCUGCACCGGAAUCACUUGAAGUCUCUCGCUCAGCUGCCAAAGAUCCCUGCAAUUGAGAACCUGUGUGUGUCUGAAAACAACAUCAGCAGUCUGACAGAGCUGAAGCUGCUGGAACACACGCCACUGCACACACUCACACUCAGACAUAACCCCUGUGAGUUCUUGGAGGACUACCGAUCACGUGUGUUCUUCUAUUUGCCAAAACUCAAAAUUCUGGAUGGCAUCCCAAAACUGCCAGAAGAUUCUGUGCCUCCCUGUUCCCAAUCCUCCAGGCUUUGCAUCAUUCUGUGACAUUGGCAGAUCUCAGACAGGAUGCUCGGGCCUAAUAGAUAGGAAGCAUGAA